AUGGAGGAUACUAGAAACAAGGAGUUGAGCAGCACAAGAGAGCCAAGAGAAGUGGACUGCCUGAUGUCUAGUCAACCGAGCACAUCCUUUGCAAGGCCCCCUGCGAAGAAAAAAAAGACCAAGACAGCAAAAGAGGACAAUUGUAAAUCAAACAAGAAAGCAGGAGAUACUGAGACUCCAAAACCCACUCCUAGGAAAAUACCAGUUCCUCCUCUACCGGAUUAUCUGUCCCCAGUGAACCUGAUACACCAAGACAUUUUGUGGGAAUGGUGCAAGAAGCAGAAGCUGAGCAGCAAAGACCAGAAAUUAGAGACUUACAAACGACUCCUUGCAAGUUCUUUCCCCAAACAAAUGCCUGAAUUAGAGAACAUUCCUGACACACCUAAAGAGGCCAGGUUGAAGACACGUCAGAAAAAAAUGAAGACGGAGACGGAAGCGAGAGAAGAGUCUUGUCCUCAGGUGAUGGUUCCUCUUGAAAUGGUCCCUGUACCCAAGGAACAGAUGCCCGCCCUUACUGAGCCUCCUGUCCUCUAUGAAGAAGUCAGCACGACCUCUGUGACCACAACUGCCUCUGAGGCAGUGUUGGCAUCUUGGUCCAGAACUGCAGACAACGCUAACAAGAACGAGGCCCUGCAGUCCAUUACAACACCCGAGACCUACGAGGAACUGUGGUGUGUGGUCCACGGGAGAAGCCCUCCAGCAGACUCAAGAGGUUGGGUUCAGCUGCAGUUCCACGCUGGACAAGCCUGGGUACCUGAGAAGAAGGGGAAAGUGAUUGCCCUCUUCCUGCUGGCAGCCUGCACCUUUCUGCCCCCACACCUGGAGGACUACAUACUGUGCCCCGCGUGUGUUCACAAGAACAGGGUCCUAAAUAAGAGCCUCCAGGGAUAA